AUGGGGGGAGUGCUGAGGACUCUGACAGUGCUGCUGGCGGUAGGGGCGCUCCUUGCUGGGGUGUGCGCAGCUCCCUGGCCCCUCCAGCAGCGGCUCGCCUGCCCCGAGCUCCCCAGGCCGCAGUACACGGAUUAUGCCAAGAUGGCCCGCUGGCUGGUUCACCAGUUGGAGUGGGGAACCGUCUCAACGAUCAGCCGCCACCUCGGUGGCACGCCAUUCGGCAAUGCGCUGUCCUUUGGCGACGGGCCCAGGUGCCAGCCCACGGGGCGCCUGCUGUUCUACCUGACGACCAUGGAUGCCACCGCGCAGGACCUGGCAUACAACAGCAAUGCCAGCCUGACGAUAUGCGAAGCGCAGCUGGAGGGGUCGUGCAGCGGAGUAGAUCCCGAGGACCCCACCUGCGCCAAGCUGAGCCUGUCAGGCAGCCUGGAGCGUGUGCCGGCCGGGCAGGUGGAGGAGGCGGAGCGGCUGCUGUUCUCACGGCAUCCCGACAUGCGCGGGUGGCCAGCGGGCCACGCGUUCCACAUCUACGAGCUGCACAUUGCGACCGCCCGACUGCUAGACUGGUUCGGGGGGGCGCACGAUAUCAGUGCGCCAGAAUACUUUGCAGCAGAGCUGCGGGACCACAGCGGCGAGGCCAUCGCGUAG